UAUCGAGUAAGCUAGUGCGGUUCCGGACGCUGACCUGGCAUGAAACGGCUCAUGAAGAACCGGUUUGGACCAGAACAGGGAGCAGAUGUAGGGCUAGAUAAUGGAGCUAAUAAUAAUAAUAAUGACACAGAGAGAUGUCAGCAUGACCGUGGGGUGAUCCUGUGUGCUACUGUACAACAAAACAAAGAGACGUAGAUGUUUAUCUGAUCCACACUAUGAGAGAAAUAGAAAGGCUGGAGUACUGUACUGUAUGUGUGGUGUUUCUAACCCGCAGCAGGUGAUGGUGCUGCCUGCCAUUUUUGAUACAGCUUUUCCUGUUGCGUGGCAGACAGUUUUACUAACUCACGCUAACAAACGCCAAAUAAACACAACAAUUAGAUUAGAUCGGUGUGUAUUAAAGAUGGUAUGAAGUGUGCGAGGUUUUCAUUUCUGUUGUGAGUAGAAACACUUAAGGAUGGGGAAGUUACAAAGCAUCGAAAUGUGAGCAGACCAGCGGGAACAGCUUCAAACCGGUUUCAGAGCCGCAGCAACAAAAGCACCCGAGCACCCAGUCUGAACUCUCACACACACUCUCACACACACUCUCACACACCGCGGACAGCUGACAUGACUCUGCUCGAACACUCUUCUACCUCUGAUAAUAAUAGAUAGACAAUAGUUUUCUAUUGUCAUUUAUUUAGAACGUCAUGAUAUCAAAGUCUGAUCAUACUGCGGUCCAGAGAUCCACAUCAGCAGCAUCAUAGCGCGCAAACGUUCCUGCAACCGGCUGCCCGUGUCUGGGUAAGAAAGUCUUCAUUUCCUCCAACUUUCCCAUCUAGAACAUUCACCUAACAUCUGAUCUUAUCCAGGUUACCUACAGUGACCUUCAUUCUGUGUUCUACACGCUUUGUCAUGUUAAGUACCAUUUAUAAUGACCAGGCUCAUGUACAGUAUGUAGUUCAUAUGUAAUUAUAUAGCAGAUUAUUUAGUAUUUACUUUCAUUUCCAGUUAACAAACAUGCGUAUCAAGUACAUUCCUUCUAGAUAACAUUCCAAAUGGGUUCUACUGUGUUUAAUAAUUUGAAAAAAACAAAAAGCUUCAUUCCAUCCAAUUCCAAGUGGACAAUUCACUUAGAAGAAACUUACCUUCUCUUAAAUUCCAGAUUUCCAGAUAGCACAAUGUAUGGGUUCUACGUAUAUCAAACCUUUUAUUAUCGUGGUUUCCAAAUAAAGCAAACUAAUUAACAAAGAACCUCAAAAUUAAAUAAAAACUUGUGGGUGCUUGUAGAAUGCCAAGUAGCCCCACAUUCCCCAUGCACCAACUUACAUUUUUUUAAGUUUUCAAUAAACCUUUAUGGGUCGAACCAAAUAGAUGUCUAGAUCUUCAAAUGUGGACUGCAUACAUGAGUUGAGUUCAGUUCUUUUUGGAAUUGUAAAUUCCAGCAACAACUUACCAGUAUAUGGGUUUCCCCACAAAGGCAAACCAAACAGCUGGCUAUAGACUCUUUAAAUCUUAUAUUUACACUCUAAAGUUCAACUUAAGGCUCUACGGAGGUUUUUUUUCCCAGAUGAACACAGAUGAUGCUUGCUGGACAACAACUGGCUUCUUACUCCCUAUGCCAGUGAAAUCUUAGAAGAAAAGAAUCCAGUUAAUGGUUCUUUAUUUUGUCCCUCUGGGGGGAGAGCCCAGAAUUUAACCAUGAGUCUCCAAAGCUCCAGGAAAGCCGUGGAUGGCGGAUGGGGCUGGGCUAUUGUGGUGGCCUCGUUCAUGGCCCAGCUUCUGGCUUACGGCUCCCCCCAGUCGGUGGGAGUGCUCUACCCCGAGUGGCUCAGCGCCUUCCAGGAAAGCAAGGGGAUGACUGCAUGGGUGGGCUCGCUCGUCUCUGGGAUUGGUCUGAUUGCCAGUCCCAUAUGCAGUGCCUGCGUGGUGAACUUUGGCGCUAGACCUGUGACCAUCUUCAGUGGAGUGAUGAUCUCCGGAGGCCUCAUGCUCAGCGCCUUCGCCCCCAGUGUCCAUUUCCUCAUGUUUUCCUACGGCAUAGUUGUUGGACUAGGCUGUGGACUUCUUUAUGCUGCUACUGUGACAAUCACCUGCCAGUACUUUGACAAGAGACGUGGCCUCGCUCUUGGAAUCGUUACAACAGGCACGAGCUUGGGAGGAUUUCUUUUCGCCACGGCGCAGAACGAAUUAAUCGAGCUUUUUGGUCUCGAUGGUUGCCUGCUGCUGAUCGGAUCGUUUGCGCUAAACAUAGUCGCCUGCGGUGGACUGAUGAGGCCGCUACACUUACCGGCUUACUACCUCAAACAGAGAGCGGCGCUGGUGGAGAGAGCCGAGGAGAAACGCCACGAGAGGCCCCAGAUCCUGGACGGCUCGGGCAAAAAGAACCUGCCCGUCACCAACCUGCUGAUCUCAGUUGACGCCAAGGACCCUUUAAGUGCUGAAAAGGAGCUGUUGAUCUGCUCAGCUUUGGUCCAGCUGAUCAAAGAGAAGCAGAAGGCCUACAUGGACUACUUGCACUCGACAGCUGAGCAAAUGAGGGACAGGGUCUUCAUGGCUAUGUGCUUCGCUUUGUUCUUUUACAGCCUGGGCGCAUUUUCUCCGCUGCUCUUCCUGGAGGACGUGGCCCAAAGCGAGGGCCUGAUCCAAGGCAUUAGUACCAUCCCCCUGGUCUCCAUUUAUGCCAUCGCAGGAGGGGUAGGAAAGCUGCUGCUAGGAAUGGUGACGGACAUCCGCUGGAUGAACAGUGUUUUUCUUUACAGUUUCACUCUGGUGGGCAGCGGCGUGGCGCUGCUGCUCAUCCCGGUCACCAAGAGCUACGUGGGACUUCAGGUCAUGUCAGUAUUUCUGGGCUUCUUUUCAGGGAACUGGUCGAUCACGCCCUACAUGACCACCAAGGUGGUGGGGAUGGAGCGGCUCACUGAGGCCUACGGCAUCCUGAUGUUCUUCGGUGGGUUCGGGAUCAUGCUGGGACCUCCGGUUGUAGGCUGGUUCUAUGACUGGAUGCAGUCCUACGACGUGGCCUUCUACUUCAGCGGGAUCUGUGUGCUCCUGGGUGGGGUGCAGCUCCUACUCUCUGCCCUGUCCUGCUGGGACAAAAAACGCGACUUACCUGCCACACCGGACGCCGAGUGCAAUCGCGACCGUGACAUCGUGGCCGCUGUAGCUUAAAGAAAGAACUUCAUCUGUCAGUCGCUCGCAUUUCCGAGAUCUCACCUGAACCCGGGUUUGAUUGUUUUUUUAACGAUACGUUCUGCCUUAUUAAGGAAGCGUUCGUGUGACCACUCGACUCGUUCUCGAGCCUCGUUUUAUCAGGCUUCAGUGCGCGAGGGCAAGUUUUAGAAUGCCAUUUUAUAUAAAUAUGCAACACUACAACAGGGGAAGUCAGAGCUUAAUCCACAUUUCACAACUUCACACUAAAAGUAAGAUGCACCUAACAAUUAAGGAAAUAUUAUCGAUAUAUAGAGUUUGUUUGGGUGUAGCGGAGACCGAGGCUGUUUUUCCGAACCCGGAUUAUGGGAUGUACUGUGAUGGCAAGAGUAAACAGUCUACGAUGUAAUCAAAAUUAAGAAGUACGUUCAUGUGAGUGUAUUACCGGGGUGCAUGAAUUACUACUAUAUGAAGGCGCCUUGAUUCAGCUGCAUGCUAAUCUCACACUAAUACUGAAAACCUGGUGAGCUGCCUCAGUAGAGGAUUCUAAUAACACGUGGAACUCAUAAGGCAGAUUAUUUAGACGCUCUACACAACCCGUUAGCACGCCAACUAACGCUUACACUGCCCCUGGCGAGCCUGAAUAGACAAAGAAACGACACUUGUAUAAUUACACCUUUAUACACAUUAAAAAUCAACGAGAAUUUGUUUACAUUUAAAAAAGCACUCCGUUGGUUGCUCUGCAUGUCAUUUAUCCACCACGUUUGUCAGUUUCCGUGAGGUAAGUCGGGAUUGCCCUCAGCGCUGAGGAAUCACCGGACGCUCCCUCGUCAUUCAGUCAGAUCAUCACUCAGAAUGAAGGCGCCUCAGUAGGAGCAUUUUAAAGGAUCUAAGGAUUGAGACACGCCCUCUUCUCGGGAGCGUAGGAUGACUAGGGCUGCGUCCGGAAUCGCAUACUUAGAGAGUACGUACUAGAUUGGAGGAAGUAUGCACUACUCUGCAGGUAAAAAAGUACAUACUUCCAGUACAGAAGUAUGCAGUAUGCACACAACACCGCUACGCACUACAUCCGCCAUCUUUCCAACGUCAAGUGAUGACGUGGGACGUGAUGACGUAAUAUCACCAUGGUUACAGACUCAUUACAAACCCCACUCGCCAAACUUUUGGAUAUUUAUCGUGUUUUUGUUAUUAAUUCGUCUUUAAAAUGUUUUAUUUUAUUUAUCUUACUUACACUUGUAAACAGAGGACCGCUAUCUUUCUUGUUUCUUAUUACGCUUCGAACGCCUACGCAGCUCCAGUUGCAUUAUGGGAUACAUUAACGGACCGCAAGUGUGCAUCGCUUGCAUACUCAAACAUGGCUGCCCAAUAAGUAGGUCAUCCGGGUACUUCUCGCGUACCUCUUUGUGUAUAAUAUGUAUUCGGACAUACUAACCGCUCUCGCGUACUCAUUUCGCGUACUAUUGAGUAUGGAAGUAUGCGAUUCCGGACGCAGCCGUGGUUUUCAGAUGAACCCAUAGAGCGCACUAGGUAUACAGGCGAACUCAUUUGUAAAGGCAAAAUUUCGUUUUGGCCUCGAUUUUGAGUCGAUGUGUUCGGUGUGCAGGAGCGUCGGAUGUUUUAAAGCAAUACGCUGUAAAAUGAUGUUAUUUUUACUUGCACUGACUGAUCGACUUGCACAGUGUUGAAAUUUGUAUUUGUUCGUUUCCUUCUGUAAAGAAAAUCUUUCGUUACUUGAAUUAUGUAUUUGGUAUUUGUGAUGAUAUUAUAAACGCUAAUCGACGGCGUGCUUUUGUUUUAGCGCUGUCCCGUGUGAAGGACCCCUGUGUUGUCUUGAACCGUGAUGCCACCCGGUCGUAUUUAUGUAUUAUGUACGUUUCUUACCAGAUCGUUUUCAUGUCAACAAAUUGUUGUUGUUCUUUUAAUAGAAAAUAAAAAAUUGAACCAA